AUGUUAAUGAUGGAAAAAGAGCAAGGAAAGGAGGAACAAUUUUCCAGUGUGGGGCCCACACCCAACAACUACCAGCUGUUCAUGGCUCUGGUGUUUGCAGUGAGAGAGAUCAACAAGGAUGAGGUUCUCCUCCCCAACAUCACUCUGGGCUUCAACAUGUAUGACAAUGCCAAUUGGAACAAGAGAGUUGCUAUGAUCAGCCUCUUUCUGCUCUCCAUGCGAGACAAAAUGGUUCCAGGUUAUAAAUGUGACCAGCAGGACACUCUCUUCUCUGUCAUUGGAGGCGACAACCCUAAAUUCUCAAUGCCAAUGGCCUCCAUCCUCAGCAUCUUCAAGAUCCCACAGCUCCUUCCUUACUUGAUGAAUGUGAAGUUCAAUAACACUGCUAGAGAGGAAGUCUCCUUCUCAGAAAAAGGACUGGGAUCUGCUCAUUAUGAUCUUCUCAAUUGGGUUCGCCUUCCCAAUCGAUCAAUUGUCCUUCUAAAUGUUGGCGAAAUAAAUCCCGAAGCUCCCCUAGGCCAGGAUGUCACCAUUCACUCAGAUGCAAUUGUUUGGCCUACAAAGAAGAUGCCAUUUGCCAGGUGUGGCAAGAAGAGGUGCAAGGCAGGAGAGAGAAAAAGUGUCCCAGAGGGUGAGCAGGUUUGCUGCUACCUAUGUAGCCCUUGUCCAGCUGGGAGAAUUUCUGAUCUGACAGAUGCACCUGAUUGUGAUCCUUGUCCGGAAGACCAAUACUCCAACAAGGAGAAGGUCCACUGCAUUGCCAAGAACAUCCACUUCCUUGCCUAUCAAGAAACCAUGGGAUAUGCUUUAUCGUCUUUAGCUCUUUUCUUUUCUCUGAUCACAACUGCUGUUCUGGUGAUUUUCGGUAAACAUCAUGACACACCAAUUGUCAAGGCCAACAACCGAGAUCUCACCUACAUCCUCUUGGUCUCCCUCCUGCUCUGCUUCCUCUGCUCCUUCCUCUUCAUUGGUCGACCCAGGAAGCUCAUCUGUCUCUUUCAACAAUCUGCUUUUGCUAUUGUCUUUUCCAUUGCAGUUUCCUCUGUCUUGGCAAAAACUGUCAUGGUGGUUCUGGCCUUCAUGGCUACCAAACCAGGGAACAGGAUAAGGAAACUCUUAGGAAAACCACUAACCAUCUCCAUUCUUUUAGCCUGUCCCUUGGUCCAAGCAUUUCUUUGUGCCACAUGGGUGGCAACUUCUCCCCCUUUUCUUAACAUGGAUUUCCAUUCCUUGUUUGGAGAGACCAUCUUGGAAUGUAAGGAAGGUUCAAUUUUGAUGUUUUAUGCUCUCCUUGCCUAUCUUGGUUUCCUGGCUCUUAUGAGUUUCACGGUAGCCUUUCUGGCCAGGAAAUUGCCUGACAGCUUUAAUGAAGCCAAGUUCAUUACUUUUAGCAUGUUGGUCUUUUGCAGUGUUUGGAUCACCUUCCUCCCCACCUAUCUGAGCACCAAAGGGAAGUCCAUGGUGGCUGUGGAGAUUUUCUCCAUCUUGGCCUCUGGGGCUGGUCUCUUGGCUUGCAUAUUUUUUCCAAAAUGCUUCAUUAUCCUAAUGAGGCCUAAUCUGAAUCGUAAAGAGAAUAUAAUGAGGGAGAGGAAUUGCUGA